GGGGGACCGAUAAAGCAGAGACCAGAAUGAUCGCAAUAUCCAACGACGAAAUUGCAACAGUGUUGCGAAAAUGGAAAGUGACGUCGCACCGACACAGAAACCCCAACUAAAUCCACUUAAUUCAAUCAAAUCGCUCAGAUUAGAACAGAGUGGAUAGCGUUUUGUUCAGAUGUCGAGAACGCAGUUUGAAAACAACAUUCACCGUAGGCGAUCGGAAUCUCGGCUCGACAAUAAUGCCUCGUGGCAUCUGGAAGCUCGAUCGGAUCGUACUCCUCUGCCUCUGCUUCUUGAUAUUUGGGGAUCUCAUCUAUAUAGAAGCCCAAAGAAGUACGGCGGGAAAGACGGAGCGUCGAAAUUACACAGGCAAGAAACCCGUGGUCAUCCAACAUCGAUCACAGGAUGCCGUAAACUACUAUGAUCAUGAGAACGGAGCAAAGAUCAUAAAGUCAUCACAUUUCGAGUUGGAUUAUACCCUGGGACGCAAGAUUACUUUCUUCUGCAUGGCUCAAGGCAACCCAAGACCCACCAUCACCUGGUUCAAGGAUGGAGCGGAACUCUACCAGCACCGAUUUUUUCAGGUACAUGAAUCUCAUAUAGAGACAAACAUCGUAAAAUCUAAAAUGGAAAUUGAUCCAACUACGCAAAUGGAUGCUGGGUUUUACGAAUGUCAAGCUGACAAUAUCUACGCCAUCGAUCGUCGAGGUUUUCGCACGGACUAUGUUAUGGUUAACUUUUGAGCCAAGUUUGCAAUUACCCAUUUAAAACACUUUGAACUUUUUGACCCUGUAAAACUGAAAUGUAACUAUUAAAUACUUUAAACCCUAUAUUUAAAUAAAAAAUAUUUAAAAAUA